AUGUCUGCAAUCAAAGGAAUCGGCGAGAGCAAGCAGUACGACGGCUCGAAGCUGCGCAUCGGCAUCGUUCACGCUCGUUGGAACACAACAAUCAUCGAUGCUCUCCUGGAGGGUGCAAAGAAGAAGCUCGCCGAAGCGGGAGUGCCUGAGAGCAACAUUGAAAUCCAGACAGUGCCUGGCAGCUACGAACUUCCCUACGCAGUGCAGCAAAUGUACGCAUGCUCGCAAGCUCAAGCAUCAUCCGCCAACUCGACAUUGCUGAGCUCUGCUACCGACCUCCUCUCGUCGUCGACGACCGAUCUCUCGCUCAAGGACAAGGAGGGCAGCACCAACGCAGCAUCAACCAAGCCCUUUGAUGCUAUCAUCGCAAUUGGCGUGCUGAUCAAGGGCUCGACAAUGCACUUCGAAUACAUCUCGGACGCCGUCAGCCACGCGCUCAUGAAGCUCCAGUUGGACAUUGGCAUUCCUGUCGUCUUCGGCCUGCUCACCCUGCUGACCGAGGAGCAAGGCCUCGAACGUGCCGGCCUUGUAUCAGGCUCAAAAUACCACAACCACGGCGAGGACUGGGGUGCAGCAGCGGUCGAGCUGGGCACUAAGAGAAGGGGCUGGCAGGAGGAGAAGACGUUCAUCCAGUAA